ACUUGUGGUGCGAGAGACAAAUUCUUCAAAAUUAAUGAACCUCCAACCAGCAGAAUUCAACAUCAAAAACCUCUGUUUAACUCAUCUCAUUCGUUUAAAAAGCUUCACCACUUUCAAUAAAGCAUCGAUUGUUAGGGUUUUUAUCAGUUCUUCUACUCUUCAUCACAAUCUUUGUCUUGAUCGACAUGGACGAAGAAUCUAUUUUCAGCAAAUUCGAAGGAGAAGAGACGAUGGGAAAAGUUCUUCUAUUCGCAAUCGUAUCAAUUUUCACAGGGAUUCUGUUCCUCCUCUUGCUUCAUCUCUACGCUAGACUCUUUUGGUGGCGUGUGGAACAACAUUUCAACCUAAACCUUAUCCAAUCCGACGAGCCUGGUUCCACAGUCAUCGGACGUAAUCCUCGACGACGUCGUUUCGUCUUUGCUCAAGGUCAAGAAGAUCCUCCUCACAACGCCGGUCUUGAUUCUAAAAUUCUCCAAUCGAUCCAUGUUAUUGUUUUCAAGUCUACGGACUUCAAAGACGGGUUAGAAUGUGCCGUUUGUCUCUCCGAACUCGUUGAUGGCGACAAAGCUAGGGUUUUGCCAAGGUGUAAUCAUGGGUUCCAUGUUGAUUGCAUCGACAUGUGGUUUCAAUCUCAUUCCACUUGUCCUCUCUGUAGAAACACCGUUGGUUCCGUGGAAGAGACGAUACAUGGAGGAAGUGAGGGUUUACCUCAAAAUCAAAACUUUGAAUCAGGGCACUCGAGUAAUCAGCAUAAUACAUCUCAAGAUCAGAGCCCUGUUCUUCGGUUUUCGACAGAACCUCUGAGUUUUCCGACAAAUGUUCUGGUUUGGGGAGAUCAGAAUCAAGUUAGAAGUGCAGGCCUCGUUGUUACUGAAGAAUCCCCUUCUGGAAAUUUUGCAGAUUCGUCUAACGAUCAUCAACAAGAAUCUAGUAGUACCAAUACCCAUAUCAGAGCACAAGAAGUGAGGGCGGUUGUGGUGGACAUUCCGGCGAAUUCAAGUGAGAAUUUACCCGAGAGAAUCGACGAAGAAGAACCUAAGUCACCGAUGUUCACGAGGUUAAGAUCGCUUAAGAAGUUUUUGAGUAGAGAGAAGAAAGGUGUAGUUUCCGUUAUUGGUUCAAGCGGGACCAACAGCAACAAUGUUUGAAUAAAUAGGUAAUCUUGAACUCAUUCAAGAAAUGUGUAGUUUGAUUUUUGAAUUGGUUAUUUUUGUAUAUGAGAAGUGUGACAUAAACAUUCCAUGUAUAGUUUGAUUUGAUUCAAAUCUA